CGGGCCUCAGAUAAUACGAUGGCUAUACUUAAUGAUCGUGAGACCAAUCCUCACGUACGGAGCACUUGCAUGGGGCAAACGAGCUAAGCUCAUCAGCAUGCAAAACCAGCUAGGAAAACUACAAAGACUUGCCUGCGUAUGCAUGACAGGGGCAAUGAGAACCUGUCCUACAGCUGCCUUAGAAGUUUUGAUGGAGCUAACACCACUCCACUAUGUGAUUGAUAUCCAACGCAAAGCUACACUCCUGAGAAUAAGCACUGAGGGCACAGGUAGUGGUUGCAUUCUAAAUAGCAGGGAUGCGACUAAUUUGUUAGGUGAGGUGCCCCUAAUACUCCACCCUAGGGAUGAAAUGACAGCCGAACUAAUCUUCGAGCAGAACUUCACAGCACACCUAGGCAAUAAGAAAGAUUGGACCACACUGUCUGAAGUGCAUCCGAUGGCUAAACACACCAUUGCAUGGUACACAGAUGGAUCCCUGACACAACAAGGCACGGGCCUUGGAGUGGUAGGGCCUCGCAUAAAAUACCACGAAUCCCUUGGCCAAUACACCAGCAUAUUCCAGGCUGAGGUAUGUGCCAUUGGACGUUGUGCAGAGCUCAACAUACAGCGUGGAUACAAGGAAAAGGACAUAUCGAUCCUUUCGGACAGCCGAGCAGCAAUUACUGCUUUACAUAGCAACAAAAUCACCUCAAAGCUAGUCCUAGAGGUGAAGAGUAAGCUAAAUAUACUGGGCAGCCGAAACAGGCUGGCCCUCAGAUGGAUUCCGGGACAUAAGGAUAUAUCCGGAAAUGAACUUGCCGACAAAAUGGCAAAACUAGGAGCCGAACAGCCCCUGGUAGGCCCAGAGCCCUACUGUGGCAUAGGGAGGCACACUAUAAAAGAAUACCUUAGGAAAGCGGAAGGCGCCAUGAGACAAGAACACUGGAGAAAUACCCCAGGUCUAAGGCAAGCCAAAACUCAAAUAAAUAACUAUAACAAGAAGAGGUUCAAGGAACUUAUUCAACUGGGGAAAAACUCACUUAGGAUCGUUACCGGAUUACUAACCGGGCACUGUAGACUGAAAAGUCACCUAGGUAAGAUGGGAAUAACCAGCAGUGGAACUUGCAGAUUCUGCGACAUAGAGGACGAAACCUCUAGACACAUCAUUGCAGACUGUCCGGCGUUAGCAAGCAUAAGAUGUAAAAUCUUAGGAACCAGAACUCUUACACCUGAGCUCCUAGUAAGAAUCAACCCACUAAAGCUCCUCGACUUUAUUCGAGGAAGUGGGUUGAUAUCUGAGCUGUAGGCUCUGAAUGGGGGUACAAUAGAUCUUAUAGGUCGCGGUACACUGACACCCCGAUAUUAAUAAUAAUAAUAAUCAACGCUCGUUGUUGCUGUUAUCGGACCACAGACAUCAGAAUGAAUAACAUAAAGAGGUCUAUUUAUAUGCUCUUUAAUUUUAUAUUUAGAAAAUCGUAAUCUGGCUUGCUUUCCAUUUAAACAAGCUUCGCAUAUA